AUGCCUCCCUCACCAUCUUACCAUCCAGCCGAGCCGCCCAACCGGCUCUCUGACGACUCGGAUUCCGAUCUCGAGCUCGAUCUCGACGAGCUCGACCCCAAACACUCGCAGCCGACUGAGCCCCACGACGCCAACCGUGGCCAGGCAAGUGCUAACGGAACGCCCCCUGCUCGGAUCGCUCUGCGCAACCUUCGGAUGGGCGGGUUACGACGAGCCGCAAACCGGGCACGUGGAUACGGCGAUCUGGGCGGCAACAGCAGCAGUGGACGGCGGCUGAGCGGCGACGAGGAUGCCCGUGGCCUGCUGUCCGACCAUGCCGGCCUGUCCUCCCGCCGUGGCUCCGAUGUACAUGCCGAUGACGAUGAUGCGCCACUGCUGAGCCAGAAUCACGGCAGCAGCAGCAGCGACAACAGACGGCACCGGCCUUCUGUUCGGGACAGGCUGCACGGCCUCGCCCGACGACUUCGACUGCCUGGCUUCCGUGCCAGCCACGACAACCACGACCACAACCACAACCAGCAUGGCCAGGGCCUCGAUGGCUUACAAGAGGAGGACGACCCGUCAACAUCACGUCUGGUGACCGUCGGCUCGGUGCAAUCGACCCGGUUCCCGCCCAACGUCAUAUCCAACGCCAAAUACACGGCGUGGUCGUUCUUGCCCGUCACGCUGUACAACGAGUUCUCCUUUUUCUUCAACAUCACGUACAUUGCACCUCUUGCCUUUGUGCUGGCCAUCACGCUGGCAAAGGAGGCGUACGACGACAUUGAGCGGCGACGACGAGACAACGAGGCCAACUCGGAGGAGUACAACACAAUUCAGUUCGCCGAUCUGGCCAAGGAUAGUCAGCCGCGGGCGCCAAAGGCGCUGCGAUCGUCUGCUUCGACAAAGGCGCAGCGAAGACGACUCAAUGCUGUCGAGCGGGAACGGCUGUCGGACAUCCAGGAGGAGGAAGAGCGGCUCGAGGGCGACGGCGUGGGCAGCCGGCUGCAGCCGUCAUCUCGGGCGUUUGAGGUGGCCAAGAAGUCGCGUGACCUGAGGGUCGGUGAUGUUUUGAAGCUCACAAAGGGACAGCGCGUGCCUGCGGACGUAGCGAUCCUCAAGUGCCUGUCGCAGGAGUCGCACGUGCAGACGGAGACUGUGUCAGCACCGGCAGAGAGCUCUCUCUUGCUCCUAGACCACGAGGAGGGCAGCAGUGCUCCACCGGCAAAGGCACCCGAAGAGAGCAGUGGCCCCAACGGCGAGACAUUCAUCCGCACAGACCAGCUCGACGGCGAGACGGACUGGAAGCUGCGGUUGGCGUCUCCGCUGUCCCAGCAGCUGCCUACGGCCGAGUUUGUGCGGCUGCGGGUGCUGGGCGGCAAGCCAGAUCGCAAGGUCAACGAGUUUGCCGGCACGCUCCAGCUUCUGCCGGCGCGGAGUGCUCUCACGGACUCGGACUCGGACGCUGACGUGGCCGAGACGUCGGUGCCGCUGUCGAUCGAUAACACAGCGUGGGCCAACACGGUGAUUGCAUCGCAUGCGACGACACUAGCAGUGAUUCUGUACACGGGCCCGCAGACGCGGUCAGCCCUGUCGACGGCGCCAUCCCGGUCCAAGACGGGUCUCCUGGAGUACGAGAUCAACUCGCUGACCAAGAUCCUCUGCGCGCUCACACUAGCACUGUCGCUCAUCUUGGUGAUGCUGGAGGGCUUCAACCACACAGCGGGCAACGUGUGGUAUGUCAAGGUGAUGCGGUUCUUGGUGCUCUUCUCGACGAUUGUACCGAUCAGCCUGCGGGUCAACCUGGACAUGGGCAAGAGCGUGUACUCGUGGCUGAUUCAGCGGGACCCAGGGAUGCCGGGAGCGGUAGUGCGGACGAGCACGAUCCCGGAGGACCUCGGACGGAUCGAGUACCUGCUGAGCGACAAGACGGGCACGCUGACGCAAAAUGAGAUGGACAUGAAGAAGAUCCACGUGGGGACGGUGUCGUACGCGAACGAGGCGAUGGACGAGGUGGCAGCAUAUGUGCGGCAAGGCUUUGGCGGCGCAGACACAGGCCUAGUCACGCCGUCGUCGACGUUUGCAGCCGGAGCCGGAGCUGGAGCGACGCGGACACGGCGGGAGAUCGGGGCACGGGUACGCGAUAUCGUGCUGGCCCUGGCGCUCUGCCACAACGUGACGCCGACGACAGACGAGGACGAGAACGGACAACCGGUGACAUCGUACCAGGCAUCGUCACCCGACGAGAUUGCGAUUGUGCGGUGGACCGAGGCGAUGGGCCUGCGGCUGACCUCACGCGACCGACGAAGCAUGACGCUGGAGUCGACCGAGACAGGACGCACAGUGGUGCAGGUGCGGAUUCUGGACGUGUUCCCGUUCACGUCGGAGGGCAAGCGGAUGGGCAUCGUUGUGCAAUUUCUGACAUCGACGACGCGAAGCGAAGACGAGGGCGAGAUCUGGUUCUACCAGAAGGGAGCAGACACGGUGAUGGCACCGAUCGUAAUGGCGAACGACUGGCUGGACGAGGAAACGGCCAACAUGGCGCGCGAGGGCCUGCGGACGCUGGUGGUGGGCCGCAAGCGGCUAUCGGCAGAGCAGUACCGAGAGUUUGCAGGACGAUACCAGGAGGCCUCGCUGGCGAUGGCCGGACGCGAGACGGGAAUGCAGCGGGUGAUGGGCCAGCACCUGGAGCGUGACGUGGAGCUGCUGGGGGUGACAGGCGUGGAGGACAAGUUGCAGCGGGACGUGAAGCCGUCGCUGGAGUUGCUGCGCAAUGCGGGCAUCAAGAUCUGGAUGCUGACGGGCGACAAGGUGGAAACGGCACGCUGUGUGGCGAUCAGUGCGAAACUGGUGGCUCGUGGACAGUUCAUCUACACGGUGACGAAGCUGAAGCGGUCGAGCAGCGCACAGGAGCACCUGGACUUUCUGCGCGGCAAGCCGGACGCCUGCCUGCUGAUCGACGGCGAGAGUCUAGGGCUGCUGCUGGCCCAGCACCAAGAUGCGUUUAUCGCAGCGGCCGUGCAGCUGCCGGCUGUCGUAGCCUGUCGCUGCUCGCCAACGCAAAAGGCCGACAUGGCGCGGCUGAUCAAGACGUACACGCGCAAGCGGGUGUGCUGCAUCGGCGACGGCGGCAACGACGUGUCGAUGAUCCAGGCGGCCGAUGUGGGCGUCGGCAUCGUCGGCAAGGAAGGCCGGCAGGCGUCGCUGGCCGCCGACUUUUCCAUCACGCAGUUCUGCCACCUGACCAAGCUGCUGGUGUGGCACGGGCGCAACAGCUACCAGCGCAGCGCGAAGCUGGCGCAGUUUGUCAUCCACCGCGGGCUCAUCAUCGCCGUGUGCCAGACCAUGUACAGCAUCGCGAUCCGGUUCGAACCUGAAGGCCUGUACAAGGACUGGCUGAUGGUCGGCUAUGCGACCGUGUACACGGCCAUGCCGGUGCUGUCGCUGGUGCUGGACCGCGACGUGGACGAGGACCUGGCCAGCCUCUUUCCCGAGCUCUACAAGGAGCUCACCGAGGGCCGUUCGCUGUCGUACCGCACAUUUUUUGUCUGGGUCCUCGUGUCCGUCUACCAGGGCUGCAUGAUCCAGGGCCUGGCCCAGCUGCUGACUGCCGUCGACGGACCACGCAUGGUUGCCGUCAGCUAUACCGCCUUGGUGCUCAACGAGCUGCUGAUGGUCGCCAUCGAGAUCACCACCUGGCACGUCGUCAUGGUCGUCUGCAUCAUCGGCACCUUUCUGCUGUACAUUGGGACCGUACCUUUUCUGGGGGGAUAUUUUGACCUGGGCUAUAUCAUGACGCUCGGCUUCCUGUGGCGCGUCACUGCCAUCUGCGCCAUCUCCUUGAUACCGCCAUACGCCGCCAAGCUAAUUAGCCGCACAAUGAAGCCGCCAUCCUAUCGCAAGGUGCAGAGCAUAUAA